GGUGAUGUCGUGGGUUCAAGCUGCGUCCUCCACCCCGAGCGCUGCUGACGAAGAGGACGUAUUUGACGAGGAAGCGGACGAGUCGCUCCUGGUGCAGCGAGAAUGGCGGAAUCACAUGCAGAGACGAGUCAAAGAAGGUUAUAGAGAUGGACUAGAUGCUGGCAAAGCAGUUACUCUCCAACAGGGCUUCAAUCAAGGUUAUAAGGAAGGUGCAGAAGUCAUUAUAAACUAUGGACAACUCAGAGGAACAUUGAGUGCUUUGCUCUCCUGGUGUCACCUUCAUGAUAAUAGUUCAACUUUGAUCAGUGAAAUAAAUAGUCUUCUGGAUGCAGUUGGCCAAUGUGAAGAGUAUGUGCUCAAACAUCUGAAAUCAAUCACUUCACAGCCUCAUGUUGUAGAUUUAUUGGAUUCCAUUGAGGACAUGGACCUUUGUCAUGUAGUUCCAGACGAGAAAAAGAUUGAUGAAACUAAAGAUGAAAGACUCUGUGAAAAUAAUGCUGAGUUUAACAAAAACUGUGGCAAGAGUCCUAGUGGGAAAGAUUGUUCAUAUUUAGAACGUUGUACAACACAAGAGCAUUCACAUUCUGAAAACCCAAACCUUGCUUGGAUUUUAGAACAGACAGCCAGUUUAGUUAAACAGUUGGGAAUAUCAAUAGAUGUUUUGCAGCACCUCAAACAACUAUAAAAAUUAUGUUCCCUUUUCUAAGGAAUGUCUCAGCAUUUUGUUUCCUAAUAGGGUAACCAGAAUUAAUACCAUUUCUGCUCUGAACACUUCAGAUGUUGUUAUCCUUCAUGGAAGUUUGCAAUGACUUCAACAUUAACAUUAUUAUACUAUAAGCUU